AUGUUUUUAGUAUUAUUUCUUCUACUGUCAUCAUAUUGGAUAUCAACAAGAGGUGAUCUGUCAUCGAUUAUCGUCAACAAUAAUCGUCAAGGUUCACAACAACAGCAACAACAACAAGUCAAUAUUAGUACAAUUCAAUGGCUAAAACGUGUAUCAAAUAUAACUGAAAAAAGUGGCAAAUCAAUAACAUUAGAAUGUGAAGUAAAUUCAACCUAUUUGCCAGUAAUAUUCCAUUGGUAUAGAUUUAAUACGCCAAUUGAUUUGAAAAAAUAUCAUCUUAAUCAAACAACGCUAUCGUCAGUGAUACAACUAAACCAUUUGAGAGAAUCAGCUGCAUAUACAUGCGAAGCAUCGAAUGGACAUCAAACAAUAACCACAACUGGCCUUGUUCGUGUACAAUCAGAUGGUGCCGAUGUCCUCAAUCUAAGUGAAUCAGAUGACGAUGAUGAUGCUUUACCAUCGUCUGAUUUUCAACCUGUUAUUAUUACAAAUAAUGGUCCAUUAGAACAGCAACAACAACCAAAAUGUGAAAUAUAUCGUGGUACAGUGUGUCGAUCAGUUAUUGGUGAUCAAUACAUUUCAACUGGACAAAAACAAAGCCAAGAUGAUAUUGAACGAGGACUAGAAGACGGUUUGAAAUUAUUAAAAAAUCAUAUAUUACCAAAUGAAUGUCGUCGUUUAGUAUUCCCAAUGAUAUGCUUAUUUGCAUUUUCAAUUUGUGAUAAUGAUCGAAUGAAUACGAGACCUAUUUGUAGACGAACGUGUGAAUAUUUUCAAGAUGUAGCAUGUUCUACAAUUCUUAAUUAUAGACCAUAUUCUAAUCAAGUGUUUCAAAAUAUUCCUGCCUGUAAAACAUUACCACCAGCUAGUGAUGAUUCAUCAUGUAUCAGUUUAGAUAAAGACAGAGAUUCAGCUAAUGCUCAAGAUUGUUACACAGAUAUUGGUCAAAAUUAUACUGGUCGUCGAAAUUACACAAAAUUUGCUCGUUCUUGUCUCAAUUGGAAUGCUGUAUGCAGAAGUCAACGAGAUAUGGAUGAUUGUUCAAGAGAAGUUCGUCACAAUUACUGUAGGAAUACCGAACGUUUAGAAGCUGAACCAUGGUGUUAUGUGAGACGAAAUGGUAUUGUUGAAAGAGAAAUAUGUGGUCUAACAAACUGUGCAUUAGUUUCAUCCGUUCGUAUACGUCCAUCUGAUAAUUUACUCAUUAUUUUACCGAGUAUUUUAAUUCCUCUAUCACUUUUACUCAUAUUUAUGAUCAUAUUUUGUUGUUGUCGACGUUCUGUCACAAGUUCAAGACAUUUAUCGUCUUCUUCAUCUUCAACUCCGAUUAAAAAGACUUCUUCAUCUUUAUCAGCGUCUAGUUCACCGAAGCAAAAUCAACAAUAUUUUUCUAAGAAAAAUCUUAUUCUCACCUCUUCAUCGUCAUCAGCCGCCACUAAUACAACUCAAACACAUCCAAGUAAACAAAAUAGUCUAUUAAAAUCUACACAAUAUACGAGAAUUCAAAAUAAUAAUAUCAACGGUAACUUAGAAAUUCCAUUUACAAACAUUAGAUUUCUAGAAGAAUUUGGGGAAGGUGAUUAUGGUCGUAUUUAUACAGGUGAAAUAAUUGGUUUCAAUAAUUCGACAUCGAUUCCUGCAAAAUGUUUGAUAAAAACAUUACAUACAGAUUGUAAUCAACAAUUAAAAGAUGAAUACGCACGUGAAUUAGAAUUAUUUUGUCAAAUAAAACAUUCAAAUAUAUCCUGUCUACUAGGCGUCAGUAUUAAACCUCAAGAUGGUAUGAUGAUGAUGCUCUAUGAAAGAUUAAAUGAAGGUGAUCUUCACGAAUAUUUACUUCAACGAUCGACCACCACAUCAACCAUUACUCAUCAUACACGAGAUCUAAAUGACUUCAUUUUCAUUUCAAUUCAAAUUUUAAGUGGUAUGAUCUACUUAUCAUCACGUAAUUUUGUACAUAAUGAUUUAUCAUGUAAAAAUAUUCUUAUAUCAGAACAUAUGGAAUGUAAAAUAUCAAAUAUUGGCCGAUGUCGAGAAAAGUAUCAUGGAGAUUAUUAUAAAAUAGCGAACAGAUGUUUACCUGUCAGAUGGCUUUCGCUCGAAGCGCUAUUAGCAGGAAUUUAUAGUGAAAUGUCAGAUGUGUGGAGCUUUGGAGUUUUACUAUGGGAAAUGUUUUCAUAUGGACUGCAGCCAUAUCAUGGAGCCACAAAUCCAGAAGCUAUUGAAAUGAUUCGUGAUCGUAAAUUAUUACCAUGUCCUGUAAAUUGUCCAAAAAAAAUGUAUAUUUUAAUGUGUGAUUGUUGGUCAGAAUUAAGUGAAAUGCGGCCAACAUUUUCCGAUAUUUAUAGUCGAUUUAAACAAUGGGAACAAAAAGCACCAUCAACCACAUCGUCAGUUGUCGGUGGUAUAUGUAUAAAUUCCUCGCUACCAACAUCUUCUGCUAGUAGCGGAUCGAGUAGUGGAACGAGUCAUCAUAAUCAUAAUACAGCUAUCACCAGUAGUUUAAAUACAAUUCUAACGACUAAUACAAUUGAUCAUCAACAAGCAGAAACAUUUUUAACACAAUCAUCACCGUCAACAUCAUCCUAUCAGAAAAAAUAUCGAACAUUUGUUGCACCACCAUCGAUAACUGUUCCACUUUUAUCUAGCGGUAAUAAACCAUCGUUUACAAGAGAUAGUAUUCGAUUUGAAAUGUAG